AUGGCGGAUGUCAGCAAGACGACUAAAGCUGGAACUAAGCCCCGCCCGCGAAGGAAAAAGACCCUGCUCCGAGACGUGCUGCGUGCGGAAAAAGUAACUCGUGCACACUGGCAGAAUGUCAUCGUGCAACGGGCUAAUUCAAACACCUACCCCGGAAACCAAUUCGUGGGGCAUCCCGUCGACGAUGUCAAUGAACGAACGCCUAGUGCGAGUCCGGGCAUGGGGUCGCAGUCAGCCUCUCCUGGGAACGUCACCAGGCUCACGGGGGAGGAGGAGGUGUGCGAAGUGAUUGAUGCCUCUGAAAACAUUGAUCCAAACGCUCAUCAAGGAGCUGGCUAUCACUCAGCGCAUUCUGGAGGCGCUGCUGUCGUGCCUAGUGUGCAUGCAGUUUUGCUAGACGAUGGUUUAUGCGCCGUGCGUAUUGUUCGGGCGGAUGGAUCGACCCAGUCUGUUAUUAUUCAGCCCCCAGACAUGGGUCACGAUGAGUGGUGA